AAAAAAAAAUAAAUUAAAUAAAAAAAAUAAGAAAAUUAAAUCCUUAGUAAUAUAAUCAAAAAUAUUAUUAAUGCAGUAAAGAAUAAUUUAUAAUUAAAAUUUAAGACAAAUAUGCUAUCGUGACAUGAUUAUUAUAUUUUAGGUUGACGAUCAUACCUUACGGACAAACAACUACAACUAUCCAAUUUCAUGACUUGACGAAUAAUCCCAAUGGAUUGGUGACCGUAAAAAUGGGCGUAGCCUUUAUUCAAAAAGGAAAUUUCAAAUUGGCUCAUGUCAUUCAUAUUGAAAAUUUUAAAGAAAUUGCUACUCAAAUUGAAAAAUUGGCGAAUAAGUACCAAAAUUUGGAUCAUUUUUCGGACAUAUUGAAAAACAAAAUUUUUGAAAUCAAUAAAAUAUUUCCAAAUUUUGACCCAAAAUUAAAAAAUAAAAGAGCCAUAGAAUGGAUUGGAUCUGCCAUUAAAUGGGCUACAGGCAAUGCUGAUGCUCAAGACAUUAGAGACAUUCACCGAGAGUUAUCAGAUAGCAAGUUAGGUAUCAAUAAGUUGAUUAAAAAUAAUAAUAAACAAGUCGAAAUUAAUAAGAAUUUUGAAAUACGAAUCAAUAAUAUGAUAAAAACAAUAUCAGGUUUACUUAAAAGUAAUUUGGAAAAGAAAGAUAAUACUUUAACUUAUUUGGAAGUAAUUAAUUUACUAUUUCAUAUUGACGAAUUACAUAAUAAACUAAAAGCAAUUGAAGAGGCUAUUAUGCUUUCAAAAUUAGGUGUAGUUUCCAAAAGUUUGCUAACACCAAUGGAAAUGAAUUUUAUAACAGAAAAACUUUAUCAACAAAAUAUAAGAUUAAGAUAUAGAGAACAAAUAUUUAAGUAUCUGAGCGCAGCAGUAUUAUAUGAGGGAGAGACUAUUGUGUAUGUAGUUGAUAUUCCUCAGAUAAGAGAAGAUGAGUGUAUGAAAUUAAUUAUUGAAACCUUUCCGAUUAAUGGACAACAAAUUAAAAUAGAUUAUAAACAUCUAUUAGUUUGCGAAACUGAGACGUAUGCAAUCAUCCGAGGAUGUACCAAGAUCGACAAAGGCGAAAUUUGCAGCAACGCAGAUUUAUUGGACAUCUCGAAUGAUUCAUGUACCCCAGCAAUUGCCAGAGGACGUCCAGGAAGCUGCCCAUGUGAAAGGUCACCCACAAAAACCAUCGUGAAGCAACUCAAAAUGGGAAUUGUUUUGGUGAAAACUGCCAAUCCGUCCAUCCCCUUAAACAACAGUUGCGGCAUAGAAAGGCGUAACAUUUCCGGUGCAUUCUUAAUCAUAUUCGAGAAUUGCACACUCCAGAUCAAUGAAGGGACUUAUGAGAAUCGUGUUUUUCACAUGGAUUCUCAACCAGUUAUCCUACCCCUACCUGAUGUGGUAAUUCAGAGAGAAGAAACCGGACCAGAAGAAGGAUUACGUCACCUAGAAGAUCUCCAUAUUCAAAAUAUGGACGCCCUAGAUGAGAUGAAAUCCAAUCACCAAACUACCAGUUAUUUUUCAUACUCUGGAUUCUGUAUUUCUGCCAUCAUUCUAACGUCAGCUAUCAUUAUUUGGAGUUUCAAGAAAACCCUCUACAGGAGAUGUUGGUAUCCUAAGCCGACUGAAAAUACCGAAAAUACAGUGAAUCGGGACGAUUCAACUUUAAGGGGGGAGCAGUUAAAUAUUCCCAUGUCCACCGGCACCAUGGACACACUCCACACCUGCUAAAGUGUGGAGUCAGCACGAACGUGCCUUCACUAUGGGAACAUCACAUUCCCACAACCCACA